GUUUCAUAGCCAUUCUCUGAAAGAGUGUUGACAGUUUGCCUUCGUUGCGAAAAAAUUAGCACGAUGUGCCCUUAUUCCAAGUUUUGCUGGAUUUUCGGUUUCCAAAUUGCACUGCUGGCAAUAGGGACGAAUUCAUACGGCAGAAGGAAAACAUGGACGUUUGAAAUUCAGUCUGUUGAAACAACAACAUCUGACCCCAAUAUAAUUGAUUUGGAGUUGGCAGUAGAACGAGUCUCACGUGGAGUUUAUGCCAUUUCGGGAGCAUUUGACUUAAAAACAGACGUCGUUGAGGGCGAUAACAAUCAGGUCGAAGCCCUAGUAUAUCGCAGUAGCGAUGGUGUAGAAGAGUAUAAACCCAUCCCUUUUAAAAUGACUCGCCAACAUGUAUACGAUGCCUUUAACGGUUACUACAAGGACAUGUUAAUGGAUACCCUUAAAGAUUGCUCCGAUUUGCCCGUUUUCAAGGACAAAAUUACUCCUCCUAUAGAAAAGAAACUCUAUACGCUAACACAAUGUCAAUUUACCCGCGACGGUUUUGCCGAUCACGUGGCGACAGGAUUCUACAAAGUCGUUUUGUACGGAACUGGGGAAUGUGAUUGGGGAAUCACUGUUAUUGCUAAAGUCGAACCGGAUAUUUAAAUGAUUCUUUUUCAU